GGAGUGAAGAGGACAUCAUCACUGCUCGCUCCAAUCAUGCUGCUUACGGGCCAUGCUGCGGGGGUAUUCACCAUGAAGUUCAGUCCGGAUGGGGAGGUAAUCGCUUCGGGUUCACAAGACAAGGAGAUCUUCCUGUGGCGCAUAGAGGGCGAGUGCGACAACUACAUGGUGCUCAAGGGCCACAAGAACGUGAUUCUCGAGCUGCAGUGGACGUCAGACGGCCACAGCAUCGUGUCUGCCAGCCCUGAUCAGACCGUGCGGGCGUGGGAUGUGGAAACGGGGAAGCAAAUAAAGAAGAUGGCGGAGCAUUCCUCCUUCGUCAACAGCUGCUGCCCCGCGCCCAGAGGCCCGCCGCUGAUAGUCAGCGGCAGCGACGACGGCACGGCCAAACUGUGGGACAUGCGCGUCAGAGGGUGCAUCCAAACUUUCCCCGACAAGUACCAGGUCACAGCAGUGGCAUUCUCUUAUAACGGGGACAAAGUGUACUCGGGCGGUAUUGACAACCAAAUAAAGGUCUGGGACCUUCGAAAAGCAGGCGGCACAUCAACAGCAGCACGGGCGGGGGGAGAGGACUCAGCAGAGGGCGGAAGUGGGGAGACCGGGGCCGGGGGCGGCAAGGGAGCAGAGCCAGUGAUGAGGCUGCUGGGGCACACGGAUACGAUCACGGGCAUGAGGGUCAGCCCGGAUGGGGCGUAUCUGCUCACCAACGCCAUGGACUGCACUCUGCGCAUCUGGGACCUCCGGCCCUACGCCCCCCAGAACCGGUGUGUGAAGAUCUUCACAGGGCACCAGCACAGCGUGGAGAAGAAUCUGCUCAAAUGCGAUUGGUCGCCGGACGGCUCCCGCGUGACAGCUGGCAGCGCCGACCGCAUGGUGUAUGUGUGGGACACGACGAUGCGGCGGAUUCUCUAUAAGCUGCCUGGCCACAACGGGUCGGUGAACGAGGUGGUGUUCCAUCCCUCGCAGCCCAUCAUAGGCUCCUGCUCCUCUGAUAAACGCAUCUACCUGGGGGAGCUCGAUCCCACCAUCAAGUAG